AUGGAGACCUUUGUUGUGAUACAUUUGCCUGGCAGGAAGGAUUCCUGUGACACUCCCAGCCUGGGGGGACUAACACAGCUCAGAGCUUUUCAUCCCAGGCACAAGAUCAACAUCCACACGAUCAAGAGCAAUAAAAGGCAGGUUUCCGAUAAGAGGAGGCGGCGACUGUGCUUUUCUGAUGGACGAGGGCUGGUUCGGCAGCUCGCGCUGCAGCACAGGGAGCCGCUGGAUCUGCAGCAAACCCAAUGCCUGUACAAUGGGGAAGGACUGCUGGCAUCUAAGCUUUCAUCAGCUGAUCUGUGCCCCCCUGCAUGCACAGACGGCUGGAUCGGGUACCGAGGGAAAUGCUACUAUUUCUCCGAGACUGAAGGGAGCUGGACCUACGUUCAGAGACUCUGCUCCUCCUUUGGUGCCUCCUUGGCUGGGAUUGACAGUGAGCAGGAAUUGAUGUUCCUGCUGCGCCAUAAGGAUAUCCAUGAACACUGGAUCGGCCUCUGGAGGGAGCAGGGGCAGCCCUGGAAAUGGACCAACAGCACCGAAUUCAACGACCUGUUUCAGAUAAGAGGAGGUGGUGACUGCGCGUAUCUGAAUGACGAGAAAGGGGUCAGCAGCUCACGGUGCUACAUGGAAAGACGGUGGAUCUGUAGGCAAACCUGA